CAGGUCCAACCUUUUUUUUUUUAGAAGUUUGUGUGCAGAACCCAGCAGACAGCAUGUCUCUUUCUUUUUAGCCGAUAUGUUUAUGGACUACUCCUGGGACUUCGUGCUUAGCUUCACUUUUUUACUUUGGACUUUUACUGUAGCCUACUCUUUCUUCAGUAACGUUAUAGCGGUCGGCACGGCAGGUGAAGAUCGGCCUCAGGUGAUCGGGGCGUCUCAGCCAAUCGUGGCCCCUCUGGGUGGUGAUGUCAUCCUGCCGUGUCACGUGGAGCCUCAGCUCAACGUGGAGGAGCUGACGGUGGAGUGGUGGAGGCCGGACGUCCCGCCGGACCCUAGAGAUCCACAGAGCAACUACCGGUACGUCCACCGUUACCAUGACAAACACCACGAGGAGAACAUGAAGAAGCCAGCGUACGCCGGGAGGACGGAGAUGUUCACAGACGGCCUGAAACACGGAAACAUCUCGCUAAAGAUCAGCAACGUGGAGCAGUCUGACCAAGGGAGAUACAGAUGCCAAAUACCACAGUUGGGGAGGGCUUCAGUUAUUAUGUUUAAUGUUGAACCGCGCUCUGUUGAAACCUGGACGACAAAGACGCCGCUGCAUCCCCAUAAUCUCCAAAGUCGAGGUCCAAACAACGAGACCGAUGUUAAAGGUGGUCCUCUCUAUCUGAGCGUACUGAUCCCAGUUCUGGCUAUCUUACUGAUCCUGGCUGUUGGAGUGGGGGGAUGUUUACUUUAUAGAAGGUAUCGAAACCAAAACACAACCAGCAGGCCACACCAAUCAGAGUCCGGGGGAAAUCUACUGGCUGUUAGGACCCAGGUCGUGGUUGAGGUGUGUGACGGCUGCAACUGUUCGUUCAAAACAACAAAGGCGGGCGGUAAUAGACUGAUGGUUCGUCCAAUCACCUGCCAGGUGCCCUGACCUUGUCCAAACUGUUACAAUGACGGCUUCUCAGACGGUUCGAUGUAAUAAACCUUCUGGCUUGUUAGUUGAGAUUCGGUGUGUCCCAAAGCCUGAUCAGCACGGUGCAGGUUUGGGUGUGAGGACCUGUUGGCACACACUAGCAUUAGAGAGAAAUUUUAUAACUUUGAUUGUUACGAGUUGAUUUUCUUACUGACGUCUUUUUGAACACUGUCCUCUGACUCUCCAGUCACUCCAGUCGCUGGUGGACUGGCAUACUUGCCUUUUAACUUACCAGUUAACGCUAGCUAGCUAUCUCGGUUGGCAGAUCGCUGAACAAGAAAUUUCUAGGUGCCCAAAUGUUCCAGUUAAUUUUGAUGAAGUGAAAACGCAGUGAGAAGGUCAAAGUUUAAGAUAAACACGAACAACACCCAAGAACAAAUUUAGGUCUAUUUUAAUGUGCACAGUGUUAGCAUGGUUAGCAUUGCUAAGACUGUGGUAUGAUUGACAGGUCGGCGCAUAGCCACAACCCUAAAGAGUCCCCUUCUUGAUCGUCUUUUAAGAUAAAUGACAUCAUAAUUUACAAAAUGAACAUCAUGCUGUACUGAAAAAGACUUGAAAGUACAUUAUUAUUUUUUAGUAUUAUUUUUGGAGCCAGUGGAGUCGCCCCCUGCUGGAAAUAAGAUAGAAUUCAGCUUUAAGACACUUUAGCAUUGGCGUCACUUUUCAGGCCCGAAAGUUGCUGAAGGCUACUUUACCUGAGAAACGCCAACGCACUGAACAACCUGAAGACAAUUUUAAGUAUUAUUUUUCUACAUAUUGCACUUUGUAACACUAUAUGUUUGUGUCUGUCUUGCUCAAACUACUGUCCUUUCUAAAUGAAUAUCAGUUGUUUCUGAUUUUUCUUUUUAGUUUUAUGUUCUUCACAGUUGUAACAUUAACCAUGAAGUAUUUUUUAAACAGAAAAUUAGCUGGUAUAGAGGAUUUUAAAAUUAUCAGCUGGUUGUAUUGCCGUAUUUAGUGCCUUGAUCCAAAGUGACUUCCAAUAAGUGAAUUCAACCCUGAAGGUACAAACUCAGGAAAACUGCAAGAAUCACAUAGAAGAACAUUAGCUUCAAAUCAGCCAAAGUACAAAGUGCCACACAUUUUUAUAACCAUCAUCUUCUUAGCCAAAGUACAUUUGGAAGGGAUGUGUUUUUAGGUAGGUGUGUAGACUUUCUGCUGCUUGUACUGGACAUUAUAUUAAUGACAGUAUCAGGACUGUUUUCAUGCAUGUAGCCACUGAUACAUGUAGGUGAUACACAUUCCACAGUCUGCAUGGCGGAGGCCCAUUAGUGGUGUCUCUGUGUGUUGUGCUGCCAUCUUGAGGACAAAGUUUGACAAGUCUUUAAACCAAUGUUACAGUAUCAGAGUAAUCGGGACACACUUUUUUUUUUUUUUCUUUUUUUUUUUUGUGCUCAAUUUAAAAAGAAAUGUCAAACAAAUAUAUGUGCAAUACAUUUAUAAAUAUAUAAAAUAUACAUCACUUAACUGCAAAUGUUAUUGAUGCUAUACGGUUAAUUAUGGCAAUGGCAAUCUUAUUUACAUAGCGAUAGACAGCAGAAUCUAUUUUAAUUUACAGAGCAGAGGCUGCUGUAUUCCUACUCAAGAGUUGUUUAAUUGAAGAUAUUCUACUUUUUAUUUUUACUGCUACUUAAAAGACUCAACAUGUUUACCAUUGAACAGUCCUCAUGAAGAUUCUGUAAGUAGGAAACCCAGUUGCAUUUGUUAUUUUUUUGGGUUAUAUGUUGAACAUUUCUGGACCAAUAUCCAAAAUUGGCCAAAUCCAUUCAACAUUUAUUUUAACUUUACAUCUAUAAAUAUUAUGUUAGGGGUUGCUGGAUGAAACUGUCCCCAGAUAAUAAAUACAGUUACUCUGUUGGAUAAAAUGUUUAUAUUUAAAGCUCUAUCAAGAACUUCUCUGAAUUGAAGUAUUCCUAUAAAAAUACAUUGCAAAGCCAAAUAUUUAAGAAAGAAAUGUGUGGAAAUAUAGAUAUUACUUUAUACUGUUUAUACGCUCUACCGGUCAUGUAUUUUACUGUAUUUGAAUAACUUCAGGGAUCCAUUAAUGUUUUUAUAUUUAUUGAUUUAUUUUCUUUUUGUCAAAUUUUUUG